GAUACGAGAAAAAAAAAAAGAAAAUGAAAAUGAAAAUGAAAGAAAAGGGUAGCGCAGAAAGUCUUCAUCUCUUCUUCCAAAUUUCUUCGAUUGUUCCACCGAUUCAUCGCCUUUCCUUUUCUUCUUCAUCUUCGUCUUCUUGCCAAUCCAUGGCACCGCAAAACCCCUAAGUUCUUGCGAAACAAGCGAAAUAAUUUUCACGAUUAAAUCCCUCAAUUCGAAACCCUAGCCCACCAUAGCUGCUCUCGGUUUUUCAAUGCGAAAAUAUUGGGGGAUUUAAUUUUGGGUAAUCAAGCGCGGUUUCGGUGGGAUCUUUGUAGAUCUGGCGCUUUUGAAUCGACGGGAAGUUUCUUGUGGAUUAGAUGUUGUAUGUGAGCACAAAGGUUGAGUUCUGCAGUCUUGAUGUCAGCAAUCUUUUCUUUAAUGGAAAAUGACUGCGUCGAUGGAUAACAACAGAGAAAAUUCAUCUAGAGAGCGUGUGCAGCACCUCUUCAACAAGAAUGUUGAGUUGGAAAACAAGCGUAGAAAGGCUGCACAGGCUCGGGUCCCUUCAGAUCCAAACGCAUGGCAAACUAUGCGAGAAAAUUAUGAAGCGAUUAUCCUUGAAGACCAUGAAUUUUCUGAACAGCAUGAUGUAGAGUAUGCUCUAUGGCAAUUGCAUUAUAGAAGGAUUGAAGAGCUAAGAGUUCUGUUCAAUGCUGCCUUAGCUUCCUCUGGAUCAGGUGCACCCCAAAAUGGGAAAGGUCCUGCUCGUGCUGGACCUGAGAGAUUUACAAAGAUACGUACUCAAUUUAAAACUUUUCUUUCUGAGGCAACUGGAUUUUACCAUGACCUUAUGUUGAAGAUAAGGGCAAAAUAUGGCCUUCCGUUUGGAUAUUUUUCUGAUGAUUCAGAUAAUCAGACUCCGAUGUCAAAAGAUGGAAAUAAAUCCUCUGAGUUGAAAAAAGGCUUGAUGUCUUGUCAUCGCUGCUUUAUUUAUUUGGGGGAUCUUGCUCGUUACAAAGGAUUAUAUGGGGAGGGGGAUGCUAAGGCCCGAGAUUUUGAUGCAGCAUCAAGUUACUAUAUGCAGGCUUCUUCACUGUGGCAUUCAAGUGGCAAUCCCCAUCAUCAGCUUGCUAUACUGGCUGGGUACUCUAAUGACGAGUUGGUUUCAAUAUAUCGCUAUUUUCGAAGUCUGGCAGUUGAAAGUCCUUUCAUAACUGCAAGAGACAACUUAAUCAUUGCAUUUGAGAAGAAUCGUCAGAAUUUUACCCAAUUGCUUGGGGAUUCUAAAAGUACUAGUAAACCUAAGAUGCCAACUUCAAGGGUCCCUGGCAGAGGAAGAAACAAAGGAGAACCGAGGCCUCCUUUAAAAGAUGAGAAGGUAGAAGCUAGUGAUGUUAAGGAAAAAUCUCCAGCUACUGUUGAACCCCUGAAAGCCUUCAUAACUCGAUUCAUCAGGAUGAAUGGCAUUCUCUUUACGCGAACGAGCCUGGAAACAUUUGACGAUGUGCUUUCCAUGGUUAAAACUGAUGUUGUGGAACUUAUUUCAUCUGGGCCAAAUGAGGAGUUCAACUUUGGCUCCGACGCUGCUGAAUGUAGACUUGCAAUUAUCAGGAUGGUGGCCAUUCUCAUAUUCACUGUGUACAAUGUGAACAAGGAACAUGAAAACCAGUCAUAUGCAGAUAUUCUACAGCGUUCAGUCCUGCUGCAAAAUGCUUUCACUGCUGUAUUUGAAUUUAUGGGUUUUCUUCUUGAUCGUUGUAGCCAAUUAAACGACCCCUCUUCAAGUUACUUACUGCCUGGUAUUAUGGUUUUUGUGGAAUGGUUGGCCUGUCAUCAGGAUGUUGCAGUUGGUAAUGAACUGGAGAAGCAAGUGAGUGCAAAAUCAUUCUUUUGGAAAAAAUGUGUCUCAUUUCUGAACAAGCUAUUGACAAGUGGAUAUGCAUUCGUUAAUGAAGAUGAUGACGAAACGUGCUUCUCUAAUAUGAGCAAGUACGAUGAGAGUGAGACUACAAAUCGUGUAGCAUUACCUGAGGAUUUUGAACUGAGAGGAUUUCUUCCCCUUCUUCCUGCCCAACUCAUUCUUGACUUUUCAAGAAAGCACUCAUUUGUUACUGAAUUGGGCAAUAAAGAUAAGAUUGCACGUGUUCGAAGGAUUGUUGCAGCUGGAAAGGCUCUUGCUAAUGUUGUUCGGAUAGGCCAAGAGGGUGUUCACUUCGACUAUAAGCAUAAGAAAUUUUUGUUUGGUGCUGAACCCCAAGUUUCUGAAGAUUUUUUGUUGACCAAUGAUUCGGAUCCCAAAGUGGGUGACCAUUCGGUGAUUGGGCAUAUGGCUGUAGGUGCAGGCACUUCAGUGAAAGAGACAAUUGUGGAAGCUGAGGAUGACGAUGAAGUGAUUGUUUUUAAGCCGUCCAUCAAUGAGAAGCAUAUUGAUGAUCUUUCGUCACAAUUCUCUACAUCAAAUGUUCUUGCUUCUGUCAGUGGUUCUGGCAAGACCGACAUUUGGAAUGAAAAUGGGACAUUUUCUACUGGCAAUGAUAGUCUGUUUCAGGCUGCACUCAGCGUGGGCAACACAAAACCUGCUCUAACUGGUUCUGAUGCAGUUAUUUCUAAUGGCACUUCUCCAUAUCUGCAGUCAGUCCAACCCGGCACCUCAAAGUGGGCACUAGAGAAUGUUCCUCCUAUCAUGAAUGGCUUGGCCCAUUUGCCUUUGAUGGAAAAUGGAGUCUCACAUACGUUAGGAAUGCAAGAUAAGUUUUCUUCACCCUACUCUCAGUUUGUGGAUGCUGGAAGCAGCCGAAAUUAUUCUUCUCAGAUCCCUCAAGCUGCUAUGCUAUCCAAGUUUGGUUCCAUUGUUUGCUCUGGAGCACCCAGUGAUGUGCAGUCUGUGAAGCCAUCUUCAGUCAUGCCACCAGGUGUAAAGAAGAAUCCAGUGGGCCGACCAGUUAGGCAUCUCGGCCCACCACCUGGUUUUGGUUCUGUUCCUUCCAAAGUUGCAGAUGAAUCGCAUUACAACUUGGCCCCAAGAAGUGAAACUCCCAUUCUGCCAAUGGAUGAUUAUAGCUGGUUGGAUGGAUAUCAGAUGCCACCAUCAAAUCAAAAUGUCGGGUUCAGUUCUUCAAUGAAUCAUACCAAUCCUUCAUUUUCUUCUGUGAGUAAGAGCAAUAGCUCCAUGGGGAUAGAGAAUUUCCCUUUUCCCGGGAAGCAAGCCUCACCGCUGCAAGUUCAGCUUGAAAAUCACAAAGGCUGGCAAGAAUCUCAACAUCUAGAACAUAUUCAGCAGCAUUUUCAUGAGCAGCAGCAGCAAUUUCAAAAGGGAAACCAACAGCCUGGUGGGCCACCACAGCAGCAUCAAGGACAAUCUUUCUGGGAUGGUCGAUACUUUGUGUGAGGAGAUAAAACAAGCAUUGAUGACAAAAGGUAAGAUUGCCUGCUGUUUGCAAAAGUACAUUUUGUUGUGAUUUAGGAAAAUCUUAAGCUUGUUGAUACUGUGUGAGAAGAUAAAGCAAGCAUUGAUGACAAAAGGUAAGAUUGUCUGCUGUUUGUAGAAAGUGCAUUUUGUUGUGAUUAGGAAAAUCUCAUGUGGUGUUGACAUCAUGCUAUGGAGUGGUCGGAUUAUCUUAGUUUUGCAAAAUUAUGACAAAAGCACAUACCAUGGUUGGUUGCUGAUGAAGAAUGACCGAUGUUAUUACGUUUUUAAUGGAGCAUGGUGGUCUGGGAAUGUUGCAGGCACAUGCUGUGGAAUAGCUCUUACAUAUUUCCAUAUCAGUUGAAUGUCUUUGUUUGUUAGCCGUGCAGCUUGUGCCAAGCUUACCGGAUCGGUUGAAACGGUUUCAAUAGGUGAAGUACUGGAAAUUUUGUAACCUUGGAUUGAUUGAUUGGCUCUCUGGAUGGAUCGUGAAAAUUAUGAGUUGCUCUGGGAUGAUGUAAGCAAGCCUUGAGGGAUAUCGGGAGGUGGUGGGUGGCUGGUGGAAUUAAAAAGUAAGUUCUAGCAAACUCUCUGUAGUAUUCUCUCAUGGCUGGCGAAGGUUCUUCAUUCAUUCAUUCAUUCCGUGCCUUAGCGGUCGGGUUAUGAUAUGAUGAGACACUUCGAAAAGCUGAAAUUCUGUGAUGUCAAUUACUUUGCAGUUUGUCUAAAAUUGGAGUCUUGUGGAAAGGAAAAAUGUCUUGUGUGUAUUUCUUCGGAGUCUCUUGUCUAUGGAUAUGUUCGAUUUGAAUAAAGGUUGCGGUCGUAUACGCGAGUGUGCCGUGUCUUGGCGAACUGCGGAAGUUUGGACAUUUGUAAGGUCGAUGUUUUUCUAUAUUCAUGUUUGUGUUUGUGUUUGAAAAUGUUGUUAGAAUGAAUACCUUCCCUUACUAUGGAUGCAUUCUGCUUAGGUUUGUUUUCAAUUU